AACGCGUGCGGCGGGAACAGAAACUCACCCCGGGGGGGCGGCACUGAGGGCAGCGGGGGGCUGUGGAGGGGCAGAUAGGCAGUAUGGAGAGGAGCGUGCGCGCCGGGGAGGCUCGCGGCUCCGGCUCAGUGAUGCCGAGCGCAGCGGCGCGACCGAGCGGCUGCCUGGGCUGAGCGCGCGCGCGAGAGUGUGUGUGUGUGUGUGUGUGUGUGUGUGAGAGAGAAAAGUUUGGGGCUGGUGGAGAGUGAGAUGAUCCUGAAUGGAAGCUACGGGAACGGCUCUGCGUUCGAGCAGCGGCCGCCCUGGGUGGCCACCACGCUGGGCUGCUUCCUCAUCUUCACCAUCGUGGUGGAUAUUUUGGGCAACCUGCUGGUCAUCUUCUCUGUCUACAGGAACAAGAAGCUCCGGAACGCAGGCAACAUCUUCGUCGUGAGCCUGGCCGUGGCCGACCUGGUGGUGGCGCUCUACCCCUACCCUCUGGUGCUGACGGCAAUCUUCCACCGGGGGUGGAACCUGGGCUCGACCCACUGCCAGAUCAGUGGCUUCCUGAUGGGCGUCAGCGUGGUGGGCUCCAUCUUCAACAUCACGGGCAUCGCCGUCAACCGCUACUGCUACAUCUGUCACAGCCUCAAGUACGACAAGCUGUUCAGCGACAAGAACUCUGCGUGCUACGUGGUGCUGAUCUGGGUACUGACCGUGCUGGCCAUCAUACCCAACCUGUUCGUAGGCUCGCUGCAGUACGACGCCCGCGUGUACUCGUGUACCUUCGAGCAGUCGGCCAGCUCAGCCUACACCAUCGCCGUGGUCUUCUUCCACUUCAUCCUGCCCAUCAUGGUGGUCACCUACUGCUACCUGCGGAUCUGGGUGCUCGUCAUUCAGGUGAGGCGGCGGGUGAAGCCCGACAACCGGCCCAAGCUGACGCCGCACGACGUCCGCAACUUCGUCACCAUGUUCGUGGUGUUCGUGCUCUUCGCCGUGUGCUGGGCGCCGCUCAACUUCAUCGGCCUGGCGGUGGCGGUGGCGCCCGAGCGAUUGGCGCCGCUCAUCCCUGAGUGGCUGUUUGUGGCCAGCUACUUCAUGGCGUACUUCAACAGCUGCCUCAACGCCAUCGUCUAUGGCGUGCUCAACCAGAACUUCCGCCGCGAGUACAAGCAUAUCGUGGUGUCCGUGUGCACGGCCCGCAUCUUCUUCCCCGAGAGCUCCAACGAGGCGCAAGAGAGGCUCAAAAGCAAGCCGUCUCCGCUAAUGACCAACAACAACCAGGUCAAGGUGGACUCGGUGUGAAACACGUUAGGCUGGCUUUACGGUGUGCUAAAGCUUUCGCGCAACGAGCGCUAUGAAAUGAAGUUGCCGUGCAACCUGUGGUCAAGAUAAGCAAUUCCACGACACAAAAGUAGUGGAAUAUUGAUGGUACCACUUUAAAAUAAGACUACCUUUAUAAAGGGUUUAUAAAUGGUUUACAAUUAUUUUAAUAAUGGUCACUAAUUAUAAAUUGUAAAAUGUGUUAAAAAUCAUUAAUAAUCAGUUAUAACACAUACGUAGAAAGUGCAACAAUGACCAAAUAGUUUGCCAAAUGAAAGUGAACCCACAGCAAUCUACAUUGUUGCCCUUUCUACGUAUGUGUUAUAACUUUGUUUUUGAUUAUACUUUCAGUUAACAGCUGUGCUGAACUCAUCAUGAUAUUUGCAUAAUGUUCUAAUCCACAUUAUUGCAAAAACUACUAACUCAACUAAGUCAAGAAAAAUGACUUUAAGAAAUGAAAAAAAAAGUAUCCUCAACUGCAGUCGCAAAGACCAUCGAAUACGUAAAAGUGGUGAAACUGGCACUCAUCAGGACCAGCCCAGGAAAGGAAGGCAGAGAGUUUUCAAAUUUGACCAAGAGGAAAUCUUUGCGAACUACAGAACCAGUUUAAAUUUGGAUACAGCCUCAAUUCAGAGUUUGUUCAUUAUUUUAAAAUGUUCUGCUUCGUAGAUUAAUACUAAAUAUAUCCCACCUAUGAAAAAAAAACAACAUAUAAAAUUAUUUAUUUAUUUGUUAAAAAACAAAACAGAAUAUAUUUUAGAUUUUAGAUUCCUCAAAGUAGCACCUCUUGCCUUAUAAGGUAGAGUCACCUGGAAGGUUCAGCUUUCAGUUAACAGCUGUGCUGAACUCAUCAAGAGUUAAUUACUUGAAUUUAUUGUCUGUUAAUGUUAAUGUUUAAGAGCAUCAGUUAAAGUAAAGUAGUGCAGAGGUAGAGUUAGUUGGUAUACAGUGAAUAGUGAAUAUUUGAGUAAUGUUCUAAUCCAGAUUAUGGCAAGAACCUCUCAACUAAGUAUACUCAAGCGCAGUCGCAAAGACCAUAAAAUAUGAAAUGGUGAAACUGGCACUCAUCAGGACUAGCCCAGAAAAGGAAGGCCGAGUGUUUUCUCUGUUGCGCAGAAUACGUUCUUUAGAGUUACGAGCCUCGAUUCCUUAUGGGUUUCUUCAUAAUCUAGAUGACUUCAGUAUUAAUCUUUUGUCUGAUCGUGACGUGGCACUCUCUGGGAUUUGAUUGGCUGAUAUGAUGAUUGGAUGAUUUAAAGUUUCGUAAGCAAGUUGCGUAAGAAGCUUCACCGCGGAAAGCCAGCCUUUAAGAGCGCGGGCGAACUUGAAUUUCCACGGAAGGUGCUGUGACUGAACAAAACUGUGUUAACGAACAAAAAUACCACUGUAUCACUACUGUGGUGAACUUUUCACGAUCAACGAGCGUCGUACCAAAUACGUGCAACGGACACGCGAACGCAGAGCGACUUCCUGUCCUGAAGCUGUGGAUUCUUGCCUCUAUACAAUCAAACGUGCACAGGGGAACAACGUAGCUUUGUUUCUUUGAUAUGAUGCACUUUCGUGUGUUCUUCUUCUUUUUAUUUUUUUUUGGGGUUGUUGUUUGUUCUGAAGUACUUUGAAAAAAAAAAAGUAUGUUUUUUUUCUAUGUUUACAGUGAGACGAAAAAAACAAGAACACAAGACUACAAUUCUAUACGUAUUUAUUUUCUAUGAAUUUAUGACUAUAUAUAUAUAUAUAUAUAUAUA